AUGACUACGCCGCCGGCCCCAGCGCCGCUGUCUCGACGCUCGCGACGGAACCUGACGUACCGCGAGAAGCUCGCGAUCAUCCACAAGAAGGAGGAAGAACCUGCGUGGACACAGCGCAACUUGGCGCUCUGGGCGAAGGAGGCGUUCCGUCUCGAGAGCAAACCGACGCAAGCCACGAUCUCGAACCUGCUUCGAGCCAAAGAGAAGCUGCUGAACACGUCCGUGCCGCCCGAGUUCCGCUCAUCGAGGCGUGUCAAGUACCCGGAGCUGGACCGCCGGAUGCUCUUGUGGGUCUACCAGGAGCUGCUACACGGCGUGUCGGUCACGCGGCUGUCGAUUCAGACCAAAGCGAUCGACUUGGCGAAUGAGAUGGAACUUCCGUCCGACUUGACGUUCUCGAAAGGAUGGGUCUGUAGCUUUACCAAGCGACAUCAGCUGGAUUUUGCCAAGAAAGGGGGCAACUCAUUGGUGCAGCUCGACGCAGCGAGACAAGAGCUGCUGGCAACAAUGGUCGGGGAAACCGUGAAGCAAGUGGACGUCCACAAGGUGGACCAGCUGUUGUCACAAGAGACAGAGAGCGAAGAAAAUGCGACUGGCCGUGGCGAUGGUAAAGAUGCUGCUGAUGCUGCUGCUGAUGAUGAAGCAGAAGAAGAAGAAGAAGAGGGAGAGGAAGAAGUGGAAGACGAGGAACUGAUAUUGUCGACAGAGGUGGAGGAGGGUGUGGUGGAAAAGAAAGCGCAGGCAGCAGGGGAAGCUCACACCGCGCAUACUGCGUUUCUGACGACGUCAAUGAUGACGGACAGCUCGUUGCUGCAACCAAGUAUGAAGCGAAGGAGAACGGAUGUGAAAAAGGAGACCUGUAGUGAUGUGAAUGAGACCUAUGACGUAGAGGAGAGGCGAGCGGCGACAGAGAUGUUGUUGCUGGACUGGAUGUCGGUGCCAGGAAGUUAUUCGCGAUGGUGGCUGUUGAAGCGCGAUGAAGACAAGACACCGCUCUGUGAUGAGGCCAAUGUGUUUCUGCGCGCACACGGCCAGCGCGAAAUAAGUAGCGCUGAUAUACGGCUGCACGUCACGACAUUCGUGAUGACAUUUCAAGCGGCGCAGGCGUGGUUGCAUCAGACAAAGGUGGACUAUCCUGUGACGAGUCAGGAGCUUACACUUGAGCAGGAGCGGGUCAUGCGGCAUGUGCAUCAGAUGUGUCCCUACUACGAGAAGCUGGUGCCGGUUUUAGCAGCGUAUGCCGACUGCGACGACCGCACGCCUAAUGAGGCGCAAACGGAAGAAGCUUCGGCAACAGCAACGAGUUCAUCUAUUGUAGAGGUGAACGACGACGCUGUGACCCAAGUACUCGGUACUGCCGCCGUUGUCGAUGAUACUUGUUCAGAGUCGCCGGCGACAGCACAACGACAGAGUACCGAGGCCAGUGCUGAUGUAGUCGAAGAUGUUGAUGACGAGGCCAAAGCUCAGAAGCGGCGGUUGUUUGAGCUGGAAUGCGCUCGUCUUCAGUCCGAAAUUGCGACAAAAAAUGUCCGGUUGGUGCUAGAGAAGACGCUGGCUCGAAAGAAAUUGCUGGAUGCUGGUCUAUCAGCUGAAGAGGUGAACCGCAUCUUUCCGCCAUGA